UGUAAUGAGUACAUAUUAAAAAACAAAAACUUUAAAUUCAUGAGUAGUUGUGAAUAAACCAGCUGCUGGCAGAUAAUGAGAACACAGAAAAAUAGUAUCUAUACAAGCACUAGAACAUGUUCAUAUCCCUUAACAGACAUCUUUUUCCUGAAAGGUUACAACUGAAGAAAAUUGUGAACUCACAAUUCAAAUUUAAAUUGGUCAUUUAAUAAAAACACAGAAACCUUAAAUGCCUAUGUGUCUGAAAACAAUAAAGUUUUUCUUUAAACCUAUCUAGACACUGUUGCUACAUUACUUUGUGCACCCCAUAAAAACAAGCCCCUUGGCACAAGGGGACAAGUCACCUAGGAAACAGUGCUUCAGGUAAAGUUAUUUUGCCAUUGUUAUAUGAAAUGCUUCAAGUGCUAAAUAUCACAACACCCGUUUUAUAUUCAUAAAUACAUCUAAAUUUUAUGAUAAAGGUGUUCUUGUGUUUUUCUUGAAUAAUUUUUUUUCUAAUUGGUAUACUUUAAAUCCAGGCUGCCUUAGUAAGGAAAAGAAACGAGACCUUAAAAUCCUAAAUACCAUUCCAAUAUAAGCAUCUCAAUGGUUACAUCAUUGAGAGUCUUGGGGUAUUUCUUUUCCCUUCAAUUAGGUCACUUUUCUUCAAUUAUCAUCCUAUUAUUAGGCCAUGUCAAGGAUGUCUGCAUGCAUACCACUGAAAACAAUUACCCAUUUAUGUCUUCAAACAUGGGGGACAUACAAGCUUUUCUUCUAACGGUAAGAUCAUAGCAAAAAAAAAAAUGGAUUGUAUCAUUACAGUUCUUUUAUAAACUUUUCAUGUAAAUAAAAAAUUUAUGCCACCUAUAUGUUAAACCAUCAGUUGAAACAAAUAAUAGGUCGAUUUUUUUAAAAAAAUAAAAUUAUCCAUAGGCUAAAUAAUUUGCGGGCAUAUAACAAAUCUACCGUCAAAACCUCGAUUAAAAUCUGGUGAAUUACAGAAAAUAGUCAUUUUUAAAAAUCCUCUCCACAAAUCAGUUCAAUUUAAAAAAAUGAAGGGAUGUUAAGCAGUCAUCAGAACAGUUUAAUUUUUCCUUCAUCAAUGAGGUGGUGUUAAGGAUCCCAGAAAGGAUUCAGCUACAGGCGCAAUUCAUUUCACAUGCUCAGGGUAACAGACAACCACUGGGAUGUAGCAACAAGCGCAACUGGCACGGGAGCAUUAUUCUAGGGCGCCCUGUACGUCCCCAAGGAUAAAACAGAGAGGGUGAAUCCUCUGUUAUGUAAAUCACUGUCAGCACCGGGUGUGGUGGGUGCUUUAAGAAGCAGUUCAGAACCCUCCAGCCCGGUGUUCUCCAAACCGAAUGGCUUCACUUCCCCGCAAGUCUCUAUAGACUAACGACUUUCUAGGUCCUUUUCUCACCAACUAUUUUUCUUCCUUAAAGUGUAAAUCGUUAGGGAACGACCUCGGCUGCACCAAUUAGUUUGCACAAAGUGUUUUGGUGUUUAGCUUCGCUUUAACCCAAUUAAGCAGCACAGCGAGCCCUGAAGAUGCGCCACCUGCGCCCGGCUGCAGCCGGCGGCCGGCGCCGAGUCUCUCCGGUUGGACACACGGAACCGCCCGGCCUCCGCUAACCCCGCGUCAUCCACAGCCUGGGGUGGGCACCGGGUGUGCUCGCCCCGGGAAAGGCCGGGGCCGCGCUCUCGGACCGAGCACCCUCGGCUGCCUCAAGGCCGAGGCACUGUGCGGCACAGCUACCGCUCGGUGCAGCCACUUAAGGGCCGGGAGGAGGCGAGGGCAGAACAGGGACUGCCAGAGGGCUUUUAAAUCUUCUACCCACAGAGUAAAGCCCAAGGGCAGGUGAGCAGAGAGGGGAAGGAGAGAGGGCCUAGGUAGAAGUAGCCUGCGGGAUGGGCUAGGACCUGCACUGCGGAGCGCCAAAGGGCCUUCCCCAGAGAACACUCCUAGUCCACCAGCUAACCUUCCCCAUUCUGGUCCUCGGCUAUGCAGAGCCUCCCCUAGCACCUCUUCAACUGCCCAAAGGUAGCAGUGCGCUUACCCCCGAUGCUGGUAAGCAAAGGAGAACCGGCUUUGUGGGUCCUCAGUUCCCUCUCCUAAGGGAACAGUAGGGUCUUGGGGAAAGGAAUAGAGGGGCAUCUUUCUCACCCAAAUGUGAUGUACUAUUUAACUCUAAAUCGAAUCUAUCAUUCUUGGGUAACAAGAAAGCAAAUUAAAGGUGGCUCUGAGAUGCUGUGUGUGUGUGUGUGUGUGUACCAAAGCUUGAGUAAAAAGUGGGAGACCUCAACAGUAUCUUGUUAUAAGUGCAUACAAAGGUGUUACUGUAGGACUUCACUGGAAAUAUUCUUAAUUGAAAAAACAAAACAACACCAGGCAUCUGCACUAAACAGAGGCAAACUAAAAAUCUGCCUAGGUUUUAAAACCACUAUGUAACCCCCAACUAGUAUUCCUUUAGUUCUUGGGUGCCCAGGACACACUUGGUGGGGGGGGGGUUCCAUAUAAAACCAUUAACCUUAAGGUUCCAAAAUUUAGUUUAUUUCUUUGAAAUUUUCCAAAAUGAAAUUUAAAUUCCCCCCAAAUGGAAUGGCUGCCCUUAACCACCUCCCCUUAAUCAAAUCAUUUGAAGCGCUAUUAAAUUAGUAGACUACUGUCUGGUCAUCGCUAAGGAUACCUGCAAUAAUUCUGUCCUUAACCACACAUGUGCUAACACAGUGGGCAGAAUGCUCACACCUGCAAGUGUUCUGUAAGGUUAUGUGCCCAUCUCUAUGGUCCCUUCUAAAUCCAUGCUUUACAAUACAACUCAGUAUGUGGUGGCAUUAAAAUGAUCUCUUAAUCCCAGACAUCAUUUGUGAAAAGUAUUCCCAUAAAUACAUAUAGUGCUCAUUGUUGUGAUUUUAGCACUAGGCACCCUAGUCAGUGGGAACUGCAGAUGGAUGUGAGCACUGUAAACACCCCAGUUUAAACCAGGCUAGAGAAUGUCUACCACACUCAGCAAUCAUUGUCAGAUUCCUCUUAACAAGUGUGAAUGAGUAGAAAUUUAGGUAAAAUGAGGAGUGCACUGUUUACCAAAGGCUUAAAAAAACUGUUCUAGGGUAGGAACAUACAGACUGAGAAAAUGGCUAGGGCACUACUCCAUCUGAAGCCAGUGUCUCUCUGAAGGAGCAAACUUUUAACUUGCAUUUAACAAGACCCUAAAGAUUAAAGGACAUUAAUUAUCUUACUCUAAAUGCAAGUUAGUGACUUUGCUUUAGAAAGGCCCAUCUAGUUCACUAAUUGAUGGAUGACCAUUAAUACACCUGUAUUUGUGCUUUGGUGGUAAACAGACAGGCAGGCUUUUCAGCACAGGAGAGCCACUUUGCCAAGUCUUUUUGAAACGUCAAUAUGUUUCAAGUUAUACCAAAGGGGAGAGAUUCCUCUUGUUUUCCAAACAGUCUAGGUGGCCUGGGUAGUUUUCUGCCUGCAGCAGCCUCCUACCUUUGGUUUGUGCGCCUCUCUCCAUGAGGGGGGAUUAAUUAGCCAGGCUAGAGCUAGAGGAGGCUGUCGUGACGAGCCCAGUGGCGAUUGGCCGCCCGCCUGCCUGGCCCUGCCUUUAUAAUUUCCACACGAGUGCAUCUGGGCUCUUACACAAACCAACAGCAGCUUCUUCUGACAGAAGCGCACACUCACCCGGACGCACACUCAGCACACUUUCCCUCCAUCUGAUGAACAGUCUUGCACACACAAUGAUUAUGGGAAAGCGUAAAUAAAUACGGAAAGGGGUGAUUAUUUUGACUACUGGAAGAGCUUUCUGCUGGGGCUCAGCGCAACUUUUGUUUUUAUAACUGAAAAGGUGAUCUAUCCCCGCGACUCUUUCGGGCUCGGAUUUUUAACAGAGGAAAGAGACGGAGAGGGGGGAGAGCAGUCUUUCACUUUAAGACCGGCUGGGCUCACAGAUAAAAGGCCGGGAGGCGGCUGGGCGGCCGCUGCAGCCGUCCGAGAAGCUCGGGUGCCUGGGGAGCGCGACCGCCCUUACUCCACCGAAGUUGGCUCCAGCUCUAGCAGCCGCAUUGGAUCCCACAGCUUACUGCGAGACUCCGGUGUACAAUCCGGAUCUCUGCCCCAACAUGAUCGCGGCCCAGGCCAAGCUGGUCUACCACCUGAAUAAGUACUACAAUGAAAAAUGCCAGGCCAGGAAAGCUGCCAUCGCCAAGACCAUCCGGGAAGUCUGUAAAGUAGUUUCCGACGUCCUGAAGGAAGUGGAAGUGCAGGAGCCUCGGUUCAUCAGUUCCCUCAAUGAGAUGGACAAUCGCUACGAGGGCCUGGAGGUCAUCUCUCCCACCGAGUUCGAAGUGGUGCUCUAUCUGAACCAAAUGGGGGUGUUCAACUUCGUGGACGACGGCUCGCUGCCCGGCUGCGCGGUGCUGAAGCUGAGCGAUGGGCGCAAGAGGAGCAUGUCCCUCUGGGUGGAAUUCAUCACCGCCUCCGGCUACCUUUCGGCGCGUAAAAUCCGCUCCAGGUUUCAGACGCUGGUGGCUCAGGCAGUAGACAAGUGUAGCUACAGGGAUGUGGUAAAGAUGGUGGCUGACACCAGCGAAGUGAAACUGAGAAUCCGAGAUAGGUACGUGGUACAGAUCACCCCGGCUUUUAAAUGCACCGGGAUCUGGCCGCGGAGUGCUGCCCACUGGCCGCUUCCUCAUAUACCCUGGCCUGGACCCAACAGGGUGGCAGAGGUCAAAGCCGAAGGGUUCAAUCUCUUGUCCAAGGAGUGCCACUCCCUGGCUGGCAAGCAGAGCUCGGCCGAGAGCGACGCCUGGGUGCUACAGUUCGCGGAGGCGGAAAACAGACUGCAGAUGGGGGGCUGUAGGAAGAAAUGCCUCUCCAUCCUUAAAACCUUGCGGGACCGCCACCUGGAACUGCCUGGCCAGCCCCUGAACAAUUACCACAUGAAGACUCUGGUUUCCUACGAGUGUGAAAAGCAUCCCCGGGAGUCGGACUGGGACGAAUCUUGCCUGGGAGAUCGGCUGAACGGGAUUCUGCUGCAGCUCAUCUCCUGCCUGCAGUGCCGGCGGUGUCCCCACUACUUCCUACCAAACUUAGAUCUGUUUCAAGGCAAACCCCACUCAGCUCUGGAAAAUGCUGCCAAACAAACGUGGCGACUGGCAAGAGAGAUCCUGACUAACCCGAAAAGUUUGGAAAAACUUUAGAGAAUGAUCUAAUCAAGAGCCGACAUGAAUAAUCCUCUCACAGUCCUAAUGAAAUGAAAACUUCCCAUUAGAUUACUAGCUAGUAUUCCACGCGGCAGUGCAAACAAUCUUUUCCUUUAAAAGGAGUAAUAACACACGGUUUAAGCAUCAUCUCACACACCCCUCCAAGGGGAGAAAACAUAGGAGAAGAAUAGGGGAAAACUGAGCCCCACAAGUAUUCCAUGACUUCUUUACACAGGAUCUCCCAUCUCCCUUGAAAAGUGCAGGGCAACGCUGGGAAACAGUGCGGCUGAAAUGCAAGACCACAGCGAAUACUCUUAUCAAAGGAUUACAGCAAUCCUGUCCGUGAGUAAACACGACCUGGAUAUGCCACCUGAAGGAGAGUGUAAUGUAUAUUUUGAUUUGUAACAAAAGUUGUGAUCUCACAUUGUCUUUGUAAGUGUGGAUGUUGGUGUUUUGUGAUUUGGUGAACAGAAUUUAAAUUGCCAUUUUGGAAACUUCCAGACAUUUUCCACCAACAGAGAUAUCAUUUAAAGGUAGAUUUCCUCCUGGUACUUUAUAUCUGUCUUUGAAAGUGUCUGAACUUUAAAAAGUUUACAUUUUGUUCAAAUAUAUUGCUUGUUCUAUUUCUAACAUUCCAUAAGUAUACUUGAAAUGUUAUUUAAAUAUAUUCAAAGAAAUUUGAAUUCAGCUUAUAUAAUAACGCUUGAAUAACUGAAUUAUAUAUUUGAAAAUGCACUUGAAAUACACUGGAUAAUUACUUUUGUGAAUUAGAUUUUUAAUUUCUGUUGCUGAUUUCUAUUUAAUUAGAAGCUAAUAAAUGAAGUAAAAUACCAAGUUGCUGUGUCUCACUUUAAA